AUGUCCACUCCAGCCCCCACCAUCCUUCUUAUCGGCGCCUCACGUGGCCUUGGCCACGCCAUGGCGGCAGAAUUCCUAGAAAAGGGAUGGAACGUUGUCGGGACAGUCCGCGGUGGAUCGCGAACAUUACUCCACGAGCUAGCAGACAAAUACAACGGCCGGGUUGACAUUGAGACCUUGGACAUUUGCCAACCUGAUCAAAUCAAGGCGCUGGACAAGCGCUUGUCGGGCAAGAUAUUCGACGUCCUCUUUGUGAACGCUGGAACAACGAAUCGUGACCCAACCCAAAACAUCGGAGAUGUAUCAACCGAGGAUUUUAUACAUGUCAUGGUCACGAAUUCACUCAGCCCCAUGCGCGUCGUUGAAAGUCUGGCACAUCAUGUGGCUCCGAAGGGUCUUAUCGGUGUGAUGUCAUCUGGACAGGGAAGCAUCAGCAACAAUGAAACCGGUCUACGAGAGGUAUAUCGUGGCACUAAAGCCGCGCUGAACAUGUUCAUGCGAAGCUUUGCAGCUCGUCAGGGCCCAUCGCAUCCAAUGGUGGUGAUGGCUCCAGGGUGGGUCAAAACCGAGUUGGGAGGUCCUGAUGCUCGGCUUACUAUCGCAGAAAGCAUUCCCAACUUGGUGAAUGUACUCAUUGCAAAGAAAGAACGACCCGGACUUGAAUACCUCGAUUAUCUUGGUCGAACUGUGCCUUGGUGA